AUGAAGGCUACCUACGUUGUGUCCCUCGCGCUCUACGCCUCCAUGGGCCUUGCCCAGAGCGUCAACGACCUCCCAGAGUGCUCCCGCGCCUGUGUCCGAAGCAUGUUGGGCAAGGCUGUUGAGCUCGGCUGCCCACCAACCAACAACGCCGACUGUCUCUGCACCAAGCCUGACUUCGUCAACGGUCUCCGUGACUGCACCACCGAGGCUUGCCCCGGUGAGGACGUCAACAAGGUCGUCUCCGAGGGACAGCAGGUCUGCAAGGCCCAGGGUGGUGGUAACGGCGGCAGCUCUUCUGGAUCUGCCACCGCUACCGGCACUGGCUCCCACUCUGGCUCUGGCUCUGCCACUGCCACUGCCACUGGUACCGCCCCAUCUGGUUCUUCCACCGGUGGCUCUGCUACCACCACUGGCGGCAGCGGCGGUGCUCACUCCUCUGCCUACACCACCAUCCCAGCUGGUGAGACCGUGAUUACCUCUGGAUCACAGGUCAUCACCACCAGCCGUCCUGCCACCACCCUCUACACCCAGGUCACCGGCUCCGGCUCUCAGUCCGGCUCUCACUCUGGAUCCCAGUCUGGCUCCCAGUCCGGCUCUGCCACCGGGACUGGUGCUCCCACCACCACCGGCGGCAGCGGCGGUUCCACCGAGACCAACGCUCCCUCCAACACUGAGGGUGGUAGCGGUGGCCAGACCUCCGGCGGUGCUCCAUCCCAGACCUCCUCCCACGCUCUUGCUCCAGCCAAGGCCACCGGUCUUGGUGUUGCCGGUGCUCUCGGCCUUGUUGCCCUCCUCGCUUUGUAA